ACUUUGAAAUGAUAGCGCUGCAAGUAAAAAAAAUGGCAAAAGGUAAACAUAACAUUUUUUCAUCAAUUAUAAUUUAAAAUUACAUUAAGACGGUCGACAUGCAGGAAAUAACUACAGCCGAAAUAGCAAGUACCCAAUUAACACAACAGGAAAAAAAUGGCGAACCUCAAAAGGAAUUCUACACCAAGGCACAACAAUAUUGGUCAGAGGUACCUGCCACUGUAAAUGGCAUGCUGGGCGGUCUAGGCUAUAUAAAUGCCAUCGAUGUCCAGGGCUCAAAUGCUUUCCUGCGUGAACUUAAAAUAAAAGAAGCCCACAAGAAACAUGCUUUGGAUUGUGGUGCGGGCAUAGGGCGUGUAACGAAAAAUUUACUUAUGCCUAUGUUUGGAAAAGUCGAUAUGGUAGAACAGGAUCCCACGUUUGCUGCAAAAGCUAAAGACUAUUGUUCUGCAGAUAGCGGCUGUACAUUGGGCUAUCCCAAUCGUUUAGGUGAAAUACACAAUAUGGGUUUGCAACAAUUUGUGCCGCCAGCAAAAUACGAUUUAGUCUGGUCUCAGUGGGUCUUGGGUCAUCUAACCGAUGAUGAUUUAUUGGCCUUUUUCAGACGUAUACACAAGGCCUUAAGACCGGAGGGACAUUUUGUACUUAAAGAGAAUGUAACGAAAUCAAAAGAAGUGGUUAAGGAUGAGACAGAUUCUUCGGUAACACUUCCCCUUAAAGCUUAUGAAAUGCUAUUGAAACAAGCUGGCUUCCGCAUUGUAAAAAUGAGCCAACAGAAAAGUUUUCCCAAAGGUCUAUUUCCAGUCUAUAUGAUAGCGUGUCGACCAGUGGCGGUGCAAUAAGUUGGUGCCUUCUUUUUUAGUUAGUAUUAAAUUUGCUGUGUAGUAGACGUUUGUAAUGCAUUACAAAAUAAUUACCUAGUUAACAGAAAAUGAUAAUAAAAUCAUAUGAAAUA